UUGAGUUUUUAGGAUCCUGAACAAAAUUGGGUAUUUUCGGUUCAGUCUGAAAUGGAGGUUUGGUUGAUUGGUUAUAUAAUCCGAAAUGGCGAAAUGCUUUGCGUUGGACCAAUUUAUUUUCGUGCUUUAUUGGUCCAGACCGGAGAAAACCAAGUUGGUCCAAUUUAGUUGUACUAUUUUUUUUUUUUCUUAUCUCACGAACACAGCAUACCGUUUCAUCAACCCCUGCGAAAGAGAUAAACUGCAAGGUGUUUGCACUCUAAAAUUGCGUCAAAGGAGUCAAAAAGGCAUUUGGAAUGAUGGUACUCGCUAUUUGGAACGAUGGUACUCGCUAUUCUUACAGUGUUCUAAAGGCUUUAGGGUUCGGAGAGGAUUUGAUCUGCCGUGCAAAUUAAACUCCAUUCUGAUUAGUUGUGUGUGAAGAGGAAAAAAAAAAAGAGAAAUGGUGGGUAGAAAGAAGACAACCAAAAUAUGUGACAAAGCCUCACAUGAGGAGGAGGAAGAUAGGAUAAGCCAGUUACCGGAGUCUUUGAUAUCUGAAAUACUUUAUCAUCUCCCUACCAAAGAUGUUGUCACAACAAGUGUUUUGUCUACCAGAUGGAGAAAUCUUUGGCAAUCAGUUCCUGGAUUGGACUUAGACUACGUUCCAUCCUCGCAAUUUGAUGACUUUGUGAGUUUUGUUGAAAAGUUAUUUAAUUCCAACAGGGAGUCAUGGAUACGCAAACUCCGGUUAAAUUUGCGUCGUCCUUCUGGUACUUUUGAUCUCACCUCACGGGUUGAUGCUGUGACUAGGCGUAGGGUUCAGCAUCUUGAUGUAACUUGUUACUGUAUCAGUGAUCCGAUACCUCUGAGCAUAUAUACCUGCGAGACACUGGUACACUUACGACUCCAAAGCGGUUUCUUGCCUAGUCCCGACUUUGUUUCCUUACCUCGUCUUAAGUUCAUCCACUUAGAAUGUGUUAGUUACUCCGAUGAGUCCACUUUGGAGAAACUUAUCUCAGGUUCCCCGGUUUUGGAAGAUUUAACGCUCAUCGGAUUUUCUACACAUACUGAAAAGGUUACACAAGUGCGCUCUCAUUCUUUAAAAAGAAUCCACAUUCGUCAGCUCCGAGUUGUGAUUGAUGCUCCUCUACUCCAGUGCUUGAAGAUUGGCACAAUAAAGAACUAUGAUAUAGUCAAUUUGGGUUUCUUUACCAAACUAGAUAUAGAUGUUGAAUUCGUAGGCCAUUCGAGUAGUUACUACAUUCCUGACAUCCUCACCGAUAUAUCAAAGGUCAGGGACCUAGUUAUUGGUAAUGCUUUCUGGCAGGAUAUCUUUCUAUACUCGAAAUCGGGACCGGUGCUACAGUUUCGAAACCUAUCCCGUUUGAAUGCUAGACUUUCUAAAUCUGAUCUUGAAUUAUUACCACUCAUUCUUGAGAGCUGCACAAAACUAGAAUCUCUCACAUUGGAAUUGGUCAAGGACAAAUCCAAGAGUCGUGAGAAGAAGAAAAACCCAAAUGUGAUGUUUUCAACAGUGCCUCAGUGUUUGGUAACAUCGCUCAAGUUUGUGGAAUUGAAACGUUCGAUCCCAGGCUAUGAAGAAGAAAUAAAGCUGAUAAGAUACUUGCUGAAGAAUUCAACAAUCCUAGAGAAGUUAAGGCUCAAUGUUUACUACUCGAAAAAGGCAAUGUGUGACUUCCUUAAAGAAGUCGUUGCAAUGCCAAGAGGCUCUACCGCUUGUGAAGUCCUUGUUCUUUAAUUAGUCUUUUUUGAGAUUUUUGAACAUUUCGUCUGAGGUUAAGUUUGUGAUCGUUAAACACUUAAAAAAUUAGGUGAUUUUCUUGAGGAUAUUUGGCUUUGAGACACAAGUAAACUGCAGUUAGCUCUUUAUGUUAUUACUUGGUGGUUUGGUUGCUGAUCUCCAAUCACAUGCGGCAGUAGGUUAAGCCAACUACCUGAUCCGU